GGCUUGUCGUGAGUUGAGAGGCAGGAUGACAGCUGAACGGGUCGUGAAGGUAGAGCAGCGCAGUCCGAAACAUUAAGAACUAUCAUUAUCAACUCCCGUUUUUUAAAGAGAAGCACCGACAUAUUUCACCGUAAGACGCUUUUCUCUACCAACCAGCGGGCGUGUUUGAGUUUAUCAGAGGACGGUAACCGUUAAACCUUGCGGAUAUUUUUUGUUCUUUUUUUCACCGUGAGAGAGAAAAAGAUCCGUGUCCGGAUGUGCCAGCAGUGUUGGGUUUUUCGCAUGGCGUAGGCACCUUUUCUAAAGCGGGAUAUUCUUGAUGUUUGGUGGGUCGGAGGAGGCCCCUCGGGUCGACGGCUUACCCCACUAACGUACACGACUAUACUUCCACAUUUUACCGAUUUGUGGAGGCAAACGAUAAACGACAUGAUUGUGCAAUAGAGAGGAAGAAGCGCUGCACGUCUUGACUACCUCGGUGUUGACUGUGGAGAGAGAGCGAGAACAAGUCACUAGGGAUAAAUUGUGUUUGUGUUUCCUCUUUUAAACCCCAACAACGACGUGUUUUUCGGAGCUUGUGAGAGCUUCUACAAGGGAGACGAAAAAAGAGGGAAUAUUUGUGUCCUUGUGUUGCGUUUGCGUGUGUGUGCGUGUGCGUGUGAACCCCUACGAGGACCGGGAAGACCUUCGCGAUGACGGGCAGCACCCCAGCAGACAUGAUAAACCUGCGGCUUAUUCUGGUCAGUGGGAAGACGAAAGAGUUCCUCUUCUCACCCAAUGACUCAGCUGCAGACAUUGCCAAACAUGUCUAUGACAACUGGCCGAUGGACUGGGAGGAGGAGCAGGUCAGCAGUCCUAACAUCCUGAGGCUGAUCUACCAGGGACGUUUUCUACACGGCAACGUAACACUAGGAGCCCUCAAACUGCCCUUGGGGAAGACCACAGUGAUGCAUUUAGUUGCCAGAGAGACUUUGCCUGAGCCAAAUUCCCAAGGUCAGAGGAAUAGAGAGAAGACCGGGGAGAGUAACUGCUGUGUCAUUCUGUAAAUACACACCUCCGCCGCUGGGCCUCCACCCUCCUCAUCCGUUCUCGCCCUUGACGUUCUGGACCUUAUGAGCUUGUCCCCCUGUCCUGGAGCCUGUCCACCAAGCGGAUAUGCAUACAAACACACACACACACACACACACACACACACACACACACAUUCUCUUCCCUUUUUCUUUCUCUUCCCUCUCUCAUACAUUCAACACAUACAUGGAAAGACAGCAGGCUCAGUCAGGCUGAUCCAGGACGCAGAGUUGGGAGCAGGAAGUUGAUUAACGAUAGAGUUGAUUCCUUUGUUGUACUUGAUUUGUUGUCAGAACUGAAAAUUAGAGGAAGGAACUGGAUUUGCAUGUUUUUUUUCUUUCUUUCUUAAUGCACACCUUUUUAAGCCUUCUGUCAUACACACACACACACACACACAUAUAUAUAUAUAUUUAUAUAUAUGUAUACAGUAGACAUACACACAUUGUCAAGCCAUCCUCAGCUGGUCUGUUUAAAGUCAGUCUCUAACUGGCUCCUCAUUCUAGCUGGUUGUAAUAGUAAUGCAGUGCCCGAGUUUGUGUGUGUGGCCUUGAUUUCCCACACAGACCGCUGAGAAUUUUAACCACUAACGACUCACCAACAUACAAACACACACAAACACACACACACACACAAGGGACACCCUGUCUACACGUCCAACCAUAUGUGCUUGUGUGAUCUCCCUCAGUGCAGCAGACGAAGCUUAGACGUGCCUGAUCAGAGAACUCAAACCAGGACACAUGCGCAAACACAGACAUGCACACACAUGCAAGUACACACAUACACACACACACACACACACACACACACACCUGUGUCCUUUAUACUGCCCUCCUCUGCAUGUGCCCUUAAAGGUCACAAGAGAGAAAUUCUUCCUUCUUAUCUGCAGAGCGCUGUAGAGACCGAACACAUCCUACUCUCUCAGUUGUCACAUUUUAGCCAAACAAAGCCUAAACAAACAAACAAAUAGACAACAACCAGCAUUGGUGGUCUUGUUUUGGUUAUUUGUUUGUCCAUGACAUUUGUGACUGUGUUUUGACAGUCCAUGCAUAUUAAUGACCGACCAGUGUUGUGAUUAAUUAAAAAAAAAAAAAAAAUCAUGCCAGUUUUCUUCCCUGAUGUACCCCCCACCCCCCCACCUCUUUCAAGGAAAGGCUAGUCGUGCUCCUUUUCUUAACAGUGUUGUGAAGGAUCUCUUUGACAGUCGCUGUCCUCGCAGGGAAAUUAAUUCUGAAUGAAAAUGCUCCUUUAUUUGUCUUAAUUUGCUUCUUACUCUCUCCUUAAUUCUCUCUCUCUGCAUUAAUAAGUCCAUUUUGCACAACUGAAGCAUGUGCUCCUUCAUCAGAUUAAUAAAAAUGUAUAAAAAGUUUUAUGGUUUUAUUUUAUAUUUUUCCAAUGGAAGUAAUGUUCCAAACUAAGGUAACGUGUAGAAUAUAUUUAAUAUGAAUCUUAUAUAGAACAUGAUGACUCUAGAUCUUGUUGAUAUACAGUAUAUUGGUGUUUAGUCUAUGAUUGUGUAUACGGUUAGCUUCUAGCCAGUUCACAGUCACUUGCUGACAAUGUCUUGUGCUUAACAGCAGCAAAACCUCCCUAAUCAUCGACAGACUGUAUUUUUAUUUUCUUUCUUCUGUGCUCUUUUAUUAUUAUUUUUUCAUUUGUUUAUAAUUUAAUGUAAUCCUUUUUUUUCUUUGUGGUUUUUUGCUUUAAAAGAAUCGCUUUGUAACAGCACUAGGUCUUAAAAAAUAUUGUUUAUAUUGAUCAGGGUUCAAAUCUGUACAGAGAUAAACGUUUUCAAAUCAAUUGUAAAUAGCACUAAUGCUCCUUCUUCCUCCUCCAAACUUCAAAAUGGAAUACAUCUGUAAACUAAAUAAAGGUUAUUGAAGUGCA